AUGACGGCGUCUGAGCAGCGCGGGGGGACAGUGGUGCAGCCGUUGCACCCCCGCCCUUCUUCCAUCGCCGCGGUAUCUUCUGAACCCACCUCGGACAAUGCUGGCAGUACCAUCGGCACUGCCCCGCCUACCGCGCUCUGGCGCACGCCUGUAUACACGGCAACGGUGGCUGGCGACAGUGCCCUUGUCGCUGUCGUGUUUCGAGCCCGUCCGCCAGUGUUUGUGCCGUCCACGGUACCCGUGACACGAGUGGACGAAGGGCAGGGUCACGGUGCUGAAGCCGCGCCACCGACGAGCAGCAGUAGCAACAGCGGCUCUUGCGUUGGUGCAGACGUAGGUGCUUCGUCUCCUGGUGACGAGGAGCUGCCCGAGUUGCCUACGCCAGUGGAAGACCCAGCCAACGUUUCGGCUCUCGUAGCCGCCGAGGCUGAGUGCCGGCGCUAUGUAUACCUGUUCGACGCUACCAGUGACACUUGCCUAGCCGCGCUGCACUUCUGCGGGUCGCCGGUGCUGGCGCUGAAGGCGAACUCGUCUGUCCUCCUCGUGGCAGCUGUUGACCUCUUUCACCUGGUCGAGCUGCGCACGUUGCGGUACAUUCGACAGCAGAGCAUGUACAAACCUCUGAACCCACGUGGGGUGCUGGACCUCUCGGCCGCGGUGCCGUCGCGGAAGGCGGGCGGUGGCACAUCGUACGCCGUCGCCUUCCCUCAAUCUGCACGCGGGUACCGUGGUGAUGUGACGGUGCUGACGCUACAUUGUGUACCGCCUACACAACGCCGGCAAGCGCAAACAGGGGACGGCGGCAGACAGGCCUCUAGGGUGUCCGCAGCCGUCGACGCUGGCCGACCUUCCCCAAGCACCACGGCGGCGGCGGCCGAUGCGACGACCAGUGGCGCCUUUGGCGCUGCCACGCCGCCCAUGGAGCAGCGCACCAUCCCAGCGCAUCACCAUGCCGUGGCACAUCUGCGUUUUCGCCCUGAUGGUCGACUACUGGCCACCGCCUCGGAGCUUGGCACAACCGUGAAACUCUUUGACAGUCUUACCGGUGCGUUGCUGGUAGAGCUACAGCGGGGCCACCGCCCCGCCGCGGUGCUCUCGCUCGCGGUGCAGCACGACGCGCAUCGGAUCGCGGCACUCAGCGCCAAUGGCACCCUACACGUCUUCGACUGCGCAGCCAUCGUUCAAUCCUGGGAGUCGUCGAGGGCGGCACGGGUUUCUGCAUCGCUUCCUGUUCACGGGGAGCGCUCGCCUACGGUGAUUGGCGGCGCUGCAGGAGCGAGCAAAGUACGGGCUGAGUGCAAGCACAAGGUGAAAUUGAUGCCUCACCCAGCUGCGAGCGCCAGUGCUGCCUCGGCGAAAUCGACUUCGCGGCGAUUGGGUAGUGCCGUGAUGGCAGCUGCAGCUGUGUCAUCGAGGGCCAACUAUUCUGGGUCCUAUGCAGAGAGUAGCAGUGCUCCGCCAGGUGCGGGGGCAGCCGCCAACGAUGGGUGGCUGGACUGCGAGAGUGGCUUUGCCGCGGACGGAAGAACAGUUUGGGUGGCGCAAGUGCAGUCUACGGAGGUGCAGCUGCAGCACGCCACUUCGACAGCGCCGUCGAAAUCUGCGACGCCAUCGCCACGGCUCUGCGUGGGAAGCCUCACGUGCUUUCCGUUGCCGUCACCUAACCGCGGCCGCUCAGGUAGCGCCAUUUCGCCUGCCGAGAAAGGAGAGGAAGGAUGCCACUACGUCGUUGUGUAG